AUGGAGUUCCAAGGGCAGCACGACAACCCCGCCAACCGCGUCGACGAGUACGGCAACCCGUUCCCGCUGGCCGGCGGCGUGGGGGGAGGACACGCCGCUCCUGGCACCGGCGGGCAGUUACAGGCCCGCAGGGGAGAGCACAAGACCGGUGGGAUCCUGCAUCGCUCCGGCAGCUCCAGCUCCAGCUCGUCUUCCGAGGACGACGGCAUGGGCGGGAGGAGGAAGAAGGGCAUGAAAGAGAAGAUCAAGGAGAAGCUCCCCGGCGGCCACAAGGACAACCAGCAGCACAUGGCGACUGGUACAGGGACUGGAGGAGCCUACGGGCCGGGGACUGGAACUGGUGGAGCCUACGGGCAGCAAGGCCACGCAGGAAUGGCCGGCGCCGGCACUGGCACCGGCGAGAAGAAGGGGAUCAUGGACAAGAUUAAGGAGAAGCUGCCGGGACAGCACUGA